AUGGAGCUGCUGGGGCAGAAUCGGAGCUCGCUGGAGCUAGCGUCCCAGUGCAGCCCGGGUCCCCUGGCCCCUAACAGCAGUGCUAACGGCAGUGCCAAUAGUAGCUGCGAAUCUCCCCGAGGAGGCUCUGGAGCCAGCAGGACACCCCGAGAGCUGGAGCUGGCAGUGAGGGUGACCCUGUAUGCCAUUAUUUUCCUGCUGAGCGUGGGAGGAAACGUGCUGAUCAUCACAGUGCUGGGACUAAGCCGGCGGCUCCGCACAGUCACCAAUGCCUUCCUGCUCUCCCUGGCUGUCAGUGACCUGCUCCUGGCUGUGGCCUGUAUGCCCUUCACCCUCCUGCCCAACCUCAUGGGCACCUUCAUCUUUGGCACUGUGGUCUGCAAGGCUGUUGCCUACCUCAUGGGAGUGUCUGUGAGUGUGUCCACCCUCAGCCUGGUGGCCAUCGCCUUAGAACGCUACAGCGCCAUCUGCCGGCCUCUGCAGGCACGCGUGUGGCAAACACGCUCCCACGCAGCGCGUGUCAUUGUCGCCACGUGGCUUCUGUCUGGGUUGCUCAUGCUUCCCUAUCCCGUGUACUCCGUUGUACGGCCCGUGAGCCCCCGUGCACUGCAAUGUACACACAGCUGGCCCAGCGUGCGGGCGCGCCAGGCUUGGUCGGUGUUGCUCCUACUAUUCCUCUUCUUUGUACCUGGCAUUGUCAUGGCGGUGGCUUAUGGUCUCAUCUCCCGCGAGCUCUACCUGGGGAUCCGCUUCGAGAGUCAGAGCCAGAGCCACGGGCAUGGGCAGCAAGGCCACAAUGGCGACCACAAACAUAGCGGAUUACCUGGUGGGCCAAGCCCAGCACUUUCCAAUGGGCCCCGAGCCCAGGCAUCUGCAGGUCAGGAGGGGGAUGGCUGCUAUGUGAAUCUGCUCUCAGAACAAUCUGGAAUGGAACUCUCGGCACUGACACCCACUACCUCUAGAAAGGAAACCCGAGGCCCUGGACCCAGUGUGAGCUCUCGGCCGGCUCAGGCCCAGGCUCAGCUGCAGGCCAAGAAGCGAGUGGUACGGAUGCUGCUGGUGAUCGUGGGACUGUUCUUCUUGUGCUGGCUGCCCUUGUACAGUGCCAACACGUGGCGUGCCUUUGACAUGGAAGGUGCCCAUCGUGCCCUCUCAGGAGCCCCUAUCUCUUUCAUCCACCUACUCAGCUACGCUUCCGCCUGUGUCAAUCCGCUUGUCUACUGCUUCAUGCAUCGUCGUUUCCGUCAGGCCUGCAUGGCCACUUGUGCUAGAUGCCGACCCCAUCCACCUCGUGCCCGAGUUACUCGAGCAGGACCUCGGCUAGUGGAUGACCAUGAACUUGAUCAUCCUACUACCUCUCUGUCUCGUCUGAGUUAUACAACCGUCAGCACUCUGGGUCCUGGCUGA